CUUUUAAGAGUAGUUUGUCCAAACAGGGUCGCCGUAGCCAAUGCGUUGCACAGUGUACGCCUAACUGCCAUCGAAUUAGUUUAGUUUUGCGUUAUAAUAAUAAUCUCAUUUUAGUUUUCAAUUCUAUCACAUAACGGGGUGACCGUAACUUAGCAAUUACCAGGCGCCAUUUAAACUGGUAUGUGAUCACUUUCGAGGAUCUCCGGUUUAGCUUAGCUUGGUAUCUGCUUUCAAAGCGACGCAGAAGUUAGCAACACAGCGCUAAUCGCAAUCAAUUAGAGUGUGCAAUUCUUUGAAAUAACGAGAGUAGAUGUUUAAAAGUGCGAAAUAGGCAUUCUGAACUUUCUCGAACAAACGAGCGAUAACGUCAACUCCCGGACGGAAGUUGUGUUGCAGCAGCCACACACACACAAUGGAUGACGGUGGCGGAAUCGGGCUCUGCUUUCCGCAGCCCUUUAGCGUCAAAGAAGAAGAGGAGCAGCGCUUCAUCAGUCAGGAGGGCGAGCAGCUUCAAGGGCAGGACUUCCCGGUGAUCCGUGUCAUCGUAAAGAGUGAAGAUGACGAAGACAGAAGUGAGCACAACAGAGGGACCGAACCUCCGAGUAGCAGCUUGACAGCAGAUCACUGCGGAAGAUCCACAGCUGACAGACCGCUAACUCCGCUAUUAGAUAGCGACGACGCAACGUCACGCUAUCCCGACACUGACGAUGAACACUCCAAAGAAGACGUGAACAAACCCUUGAAAUGUUCUCAGUGCGACAAAACGUUUGGCCACAAAAAGAAUCUGAAAAGGCACAUGAGAUAUCACACGGGGGAAAAACCAUUUGUCUGCUCAUUCUGCGCCCAAGCAUUCUACGAGAAGGCCCAUUUGACAACACACACGAGAACACACACCGGGGAAAAGCCAUUUUCCUGCUCGAUUUGCGAUAAAAUAUUUUGCGAUCGCUCGGCGUGGGUCGUUCACCAGAGAACACACACUGGGGAGAAACCUUUUACUUGCUCAAUUUGUGGGAAAAGUUUCCCCCGCAGGGAAAAUCUGAGAACUCACACACGGACACACACAGGAGAGAAACCUUUUACAUGCGCUGUCUGCAAAACCAGUUUUACCGUUCGGUCCACGUUGGUUCAGCACAUGAGAACGCACACGGGUGAGAAACCUUUUGCAUGCUCAGACUGUGGCACGAAAUUCUCUCAAAAGACGCACCUAAAAAAUCAUAUGAGAACGCACACUGGGGAAAAACCGUUUACUUGCCCUUUUUGUGACAAACGUUUCUCUGUUAAGGGAAGUUUGAUAACACACAUUCGAACGCACACUGGAGGGAUGUGAUGUGUUGCUGUGAGUUCAUUUCUUAAUGAGUCACCCGAUUUUUUAUUCGACACAAUACUCAUUUUUUAACAUUAAUUCCGCUCUUCAUUAAAUACAACACUAUCAUCUCAAAUCAAGUUCACAAGCAUAGUAUUUAGAUUAUGUAUCAUAGUUUGGGAUGAUGUGAUGGAGUCCAUGACGUCAUUGGUUGUACUGCAUGUCUUCACAUGUUUACAAUGAAGACUAAUGUAUCCAAAAUGGGUUGGACUGCAAUAAAACCAAAUUUACAUUCGU